UCAACACUAUUCUGUGGGUCAUUCUCAUUUUACAUGAUGGAACAAGUCGUUUUGUCUUUGUUUCCAAAAGGAUGGACAAAGGAAGAAAUAUUAGAAAAAGCCCAAAACAUACAACAACUUGGCAUUUCUAGAGGUCUCAAUUAUCGUUGUGUGGAAAGUGGCCAGUUCUUAAGAGUUGGUCUCGUUCAACACCCAUUCUAUUCAGAAAUUUUGGAAAAGAAACCUUUGAGAGAACAAAGAAUACUUGAGAUUGGUUGUGGCUUUGGUAUUGAUACUCGUUAUUUGAUCCAACAAGGAGUUGUUAAGGAGAAUAUCCUUGCCAUUGACGUUGCUCCUGCUUUUAUUGAGCUGGGAUUCGAACUAUUCGAAGACCGAGAGUUAUUGGAGUCUUGUUUCCAAAUAAAGAGUGUUGGAGAUGAAGACUUUGUAAGUUUUAUCCGGAAUGAGUUUUCGGGAAACCCUAUCGAUUUGGUUACCGCAUUCCAAGUGCUUCAUACGAUUCCUCAGUAUAAUGAGAAAGUUGCCAAUGAUGUGUAUCAACUUGUUCAACCAUCCAAGGGAAUAUUUAUGGGUAUUACUCAAGGAAUUCCUGAAGAGAAACAAGAACCUCUUUACUUCGACCGCAAAGGAGAUCCUCGUGUAGCCCACACCAAACAGUCUCUAACCAACAUGUUGAAAGGAGCUGGCUUUCAGAGAAUCAAGAUGCAGUUUUUGGAAAGACACACAUAUGAGAAUGGUUGGACCGGUGAUACUGAUACGAUGACUGACAUAGCUGGUCGAAGACAGCCUUUGGCGUUUAUCGCUUUUGUGGAAUGAAACUCCUCAUCUGAGACAAUAAUAUCUAUUUGUCUA